GUGCGGUUCGGUUCUCAGCCUCUGAAUUCUGCAACACAAGCUAAGUCGAAAGUCACUGGUCACAGUUCACAGUCGCACAGCAAUCGUUUGUUCCGGUGUUUCGAAAAAUUUUCGAAAGUGCUGAACAUAUAUUUUUUUUGUGGUUUUUGUGCUAAGCUAAAAAAUUAAAUAUAUAUAUAUAAAUAUAUAUAUGUAUAUUGUGCUUUGGCAGGUAAGCCAAAAGCGUUUCGAAUAGCGUUUUCCAAUCCAAGAAACGACAGAGCCGAAGUGAAAGUGUUUGUGGCAAAUAUUUGAAUCCCAUUUGCGUUCCGAAUCGGCGGAGGAUUUUGGCGGAGAAAGCUUAAGAGACAGAGAAAACACCGCAGUCAAAGAUCCCAGGAAGAAAGUAAGGAAGCCAGGAUGCGUCGCUCCUCGUUCACGCCCGUGUUCAACCUGAGCACCCAGGAGCCGCUGAUCGUCGUCGAGGAGUCGCACACCGCCGAGGAUGGCGACGAGCUGGAGGGAGCGGCCGGCGGCUGUGAUCCGACCGCCGGCGGCACCCGCCGCUCGAACAGCGACGACUCCGAGCCGGACUCGCCGGUGAAUCCCUACCUGCUGUGCCCCUUCCCCGACAUGCAGCAGCGUCGCAAGCACUCGCUGCCCUCGCUCCAAAUCACCGAGGGCAUCACCGCCAGCCAGGUUCGUCGCCUGUCGGAAGUGGGCGGCGAGACCGGCGGCUUGAGUCCCAAGGAGGUGGAGUUCCUCGCCACGCUCUCGCAGAAGGCCAAUCCAUCGGCCGGCGGACGACGCCAUUCGGUGGUCACCAUCUCGGCGGUGCCGCCAACGCUCUUCGGACGCAAUCGCCGCGAGUCCAUUUCCGGCGUCUCCUUCAGUGGCAGUCGCCGGGGCAGCGUGAUCGCCGGACCGCCGCUGACCGACCACCGCGGCAGCGUGCACAACUUGCAGCUGGACAUCAUGGACGGGAUCGUGCAGCAGCGGAAGACGCGCAGCGGCAGCGGCGUUUGGACAGCGCCCGUUCUGCAGGAGGCCGACAGCAAUGUGCCCGUGCAGACAUAAGCGGUUACAGGACACGCAGGACAUCUGGGGGAUGGACGGACGGGCGGGGAGAUCAAAGGAUAGAUGGAUGGUUGGAUGGAUGGACGGAUGGACGGAUGGACGGACGAGUGGAUAAAUGGAUUGAUGGCUGGGAUCGAAGCGGAGCCGAGUGGAGCGGAAUAGCUGGACGCUCGAACUGCAACUGGACUUUUAUUAACAUUUCGUGUUUACCACCCACCUCCCCUUUUGGCGCUCAGGCCCGAUUUUCCGCCGGGAAAUUGCUUUUCGCGGCUGCCGCAUAAAGCAAACAAACAAACCGCACAAAAACAACAACCAACAAAAAAAAAAAUCGCACAGAAAAUGGCAAAGAAUGGUGGGCGAAAGCAGCAAAGAAAAAAGAAACACAGAGCAAAAGAAAAUAUAAAACUUCGAAAAUGAAAAACUGUAGUUAAACAAAGAGCGAGGCAGUUUAAGAUGAAAAGAAUUGGUAGCAAAAAAAACGAAAUAAAAAAAAAAAAAAAAAAAGGGAAAAGCGUGGCCACAAAACGAAAUGAAAACAAUCGGUGAAAAGCAACAGAGAAAAACGCAUCGCGAAAAUUUUGAUUGCCAGCAAUUUCGGUUAACACCUGUGCAAUCUGCCACGCCCACAAAUGUCGCCAGUUCCGUUCGUCCCCCCUCCACUCCUCCACCCCCCGCACUCUCCACCCAAAAACAAAGAAAAAAAAAAA